AUGAACGAUCGAAGCAUAGCUAGUUGUUCUCUAUUUAAAGCGAAGAGCCGAAAAGGAGGCAACAGCCAUCAACUAGGGUUUCUCCUCUUCUUUUACUGUGUUAGAAAGAAAAGAGAGCAGAGUUUGCUGGAAGCUUCCGGCAUGGGAGUGAUCGGAAUGGCUCAAAGAUACUUAGUUACAGAGAGAGUCUUUCCGAGUCCUCCCAUCCCGCAGGUUUCCAAGAAGAAUCCUCGAGCAUCGCAUGCCUGGUCCUGGAACAACAAGGCACCUAGGACUCGAUCUUGA